AUGCCGCGGGACUACGAUAGAGACUACAAUGAGGACACUGCCGACUACAAGCGAAAGCGCAGGGAUGAUGAGCCAGCAGCAGCCGGCGGGGGUGCUCCGGAGACUCCCGAGGCGGACGGUAGCCACAACGCCAGUCACGCCGGACUGCGGGACACACCCCAGCUGAACGAAAAGACAAAUGGCUAUCUGCAGGAGUGCUUGCAGGAGAAGAAGACACUGGAGAAGAAGCACGUCAUAACCAAGCGUCUGCUGGACGAUGAGGUUGAGAAAAUAUUGGUUAGCGGUCGCAUACCCAAGCCGGAGAUCUAUGCCAACGUGUACAGCGAGAAGCCGAUCCGUGUGGCCCAGAAGGUGCUAUUCCCCAUCAAGGAGUAUCCCAAGUUCAAUUUCGUUGGCAAGAUCCUGGGCCCCAAGGGCAACACACUGCGUCAACUGCAGGAGGAGACAAUGUGCAAAAUGGUCGUUAUGGGCCGCAACUCAAUGCGUGACCAUGGCAAGGAGGAGGAGUUGCGCAGCUCUGGCAAUCCCAAAUACGCACACCUCAGCCGCGAUCUGCAUGUGGAAAUAUCGACAGUGGCCCCGCCAGCCGAGGCCUAUCACCGCAUCAGCUAUGCCCUGGGUGAAGUACGUAAGUUCAUGAUACCUGACGCCAAUGACGACAUACGCCUCGAACAGUUGCGUGAAAUGGAUGGAAAGGAGCGCAUAUAUAAGAAAUCUCACCAUUAUUCCAAAUCAUAUGGCGAGCACGGAGCCUACAACACUCGUACGCCGCCACCAGCCUCGUCCAAGCCGAAAGUAUACUCGAUCCUGGAGAAGGCCCGGUAUGUGAUGGACGAUCCAAGCUACGGCAUAGUUAAGACCCACAGAUCAAGGGACCACGAACUGUACGACCAUCAUGGGGAGUACGACCGAUACGCGACACCGCCACCACAGUCGUCGAAGCACUCGAGCCACCAUGCCCAGUACGACAGCACCUCCUACGAGCGUGACUACAGGCGUGAGUACCACCCGCACUCUUCCUCCUCAUCGUAUGCGGCGGCCUAUCCAGCAAAACCAAGCAAUGGUCGCUCCUCAUCGUCAUAUCGCCCAACCACCACGGGCUCGGGAUCACAUUCAUCUGCUCAGUACGAAACUGGAUCACGUUCUCGUGAAAGCGUGCGUUACCGCUCGGCUCCAUAUCCGAAAAUACGUUAACCCAUCGCCUAACCAAAAAUCCCAACAACUACAACAACCACAACAACAACAACAACAAAACAACGUUAAGCAUAAAGAAUAAAAGUAAUAUUCCAAACAAAAUUAUCGAAAAGCAAAUGUUAAAAUUCAAUAAUCCAACUAUACACACAUAUUUAAUAUAUUGCCUUAAAAAAACAAAAACAAAUAAAUUGAUAAACAGCUAAUUUUUUAUUGCAAUUGUUCCAAUAUUCGAAUAGUGUUCCAAAAUCUAAAAGCAAUCAAAGGAAAAUCCGAAACAGAAAUCAAUGCAUCAAAUUUUAUACAACUUGAAAUCUUUGUACAAAAGCAAAACAAACAAAAAUACAAAACUGAUUUUAUUAUAGUUAAAAGCCGCAUUAAUUUAACAAGACAAGAAGAGAAGAGAGCAGAACACAAAAACAAAACAAAAAUCCCCAACAAAUGAAUUCAUUUCUAAAAA